AUGCUACGAAUACUCUUAACUACUAUCGGGCUUUUACUUGCCAGCAACUCGCUGGUAUACGGACAAAAUUCUUACAGCAAUCGCGUCGACUGUUUCCCCGAACCUGGUGUCACCAAAGAACUAUGUGCUGCUCGAUAUUGUCAGUGGGACGAUAAUGCUAAUUCGACAGCACGUGCUAUGAAUGUGCCUUUAUGUUAUUUCCCAAAAACAACUGGUUACUUGGUUGAAAGCAAUACAGGCGACACAUAUAUCAUAAGCAGAAAAAACGUUACUUCAAAUGAUAAAAACAAUCCACCAAAUCCAUAUUUGAACGAAGGAGAGACGGAAUAUUCGUUGAAAGUUACCGUAAGCCGCUAUGGACCAGCACUUCGUGUAUGGAUUGGACCUAACGAAGGACCGAAAAGAUUUGAGCCAGACAUCGAUCUACUAAAGCCAGAUCCUGUUGGCGACAUCGAUUUGAAAUUUGAAGCAAAUGAAGGACCUCCAUUCUCUUUCGUCAUCAAGCGAAUUUCAACCGGAGCAAAAAUUUGGGACACAUCUAUCGGUAAGUCAGCAAUGUUCUCAACAAGCGUUCAAAAGACCUAAAA